AAGUGGAAUUUUUUGACAUUGCUCCAAUGGACCGUUCUAAUGAGAUGAACCAGUCGCCUCCAGAUCCAGAGAGAUACUUGAGACUGUCAGUGCAGUUAGUGGACUGUGGUGCAACGCAAGAUCAGCAAGCGACGACCAGCAAUAACGAUGAGGAUGGAGAACGACUAAAUACCGCUCGGUACCAACCAGUCCCUUCCAACGCCACGGUGUGCAACUGCGGCCAGGACGCCAUCCUCUUCACCGUGCAGGAGGCGGUGCCCAACCAGGACCGCCAGUUCUACAAGUGCAACAGCGGGACCUGUAACUACUUCCUGUGGGCAGACGAACUUCCUGUCUGCCAGGGGGCGCAGCCUGGAGGAGGAGCAGGGAGGAGGAGUAACCCACAGCCUCCUCCUCCGAGGACGUCCUUUGGGUUCGACAACACCAACCAGGGCUUUGGGAAUGUAGGAGGAGUCGUCGGGAGAGGGCCAGGAGGUGGUGGUGGUGGAGCAAGAGGAGGAGGAGGAGCAGGAGGUGGUGGUGGAGCAGGAGCAGCAGCAGCAGUAGUAGAAGGAGGUGGUGAUGAAGGGCAGACCAUGUAUAACUGUAACGAGUUGGCUGUCUCCAAGACUGUGAUGAUGGAGGAGGGCCCCACUAAAGGCCGCAAAAGGGGUAGAAAGCCGGGAAAGACGUUACCUUCCUCCUCGGCCAAAGCACCUGCAGCCAAGAAGCCGGGAAAGACGGUACCUUCCUCCUCGGCCAAAGCACCUGCAGCCAAGAGAUACAGGACUUGUGGCGUUUGCAAUCAGCCUGGACACACACGAACAACAUGUUCACACACCUGCUAAAAGAGAAAUGGCUGAAAUUAGUUAAAGCAUACCGUAAACAAUGAAAUGGGUCAUUGUACAGAAAAAUGUCAGGGGUAUAUUGCCUUGCCUUCACACGAGAUACCAAUGAUCUAGAAGUGUUCUUAAGUGUUCUUCAAGUCUUCUUGAAGAGGUCGGUUGAACUGGUAAACAAUUGUAUGUGUAUGGUUUUUCACAAUUUCUAUAUUAUAUAUUAUAAUAUUUAACAUUGUAUCAAUGGAAAAAAACAAUGGUAAAAGGUACAUGUGAUUAUUGAUUUCUCUGACUCUACAUUGUUAUUUACUGAUUAAAUAUAGGUAUGA